UGGAAAUGUUUUUUUCCACCUCAUUCCAAGAUGAGCUAGCUUUUAUCUCAAAAGAAUUAAAUAUAACCCAAAAAUUAAUAUUCCACGUCGCCUUCUUCUUCCCCAUUUCUAAAAGACUAGUGUUUCCAAUUUGUUGUUGCCAUUGAGCUCGAAGCUGUACCUCUCGUCUCAAUAUUUGCUUCAUUGGUGUCACAUUCCUCCAGUAUUUGCAGCCGCAUGCUGGGACGCCAUUCUCGCUAUCACGCAACAAACAAAUGCCACAAAUUAUAACUACCUCUCUAUUUAAAAAACAUCGACAAAAGCAUUUCCUGAUUUCUCCGUUAUUUCCUUAAUGAAGAAAUCCUUAGUUCGAUUCUCACAGAAAAUGGGGUUGUCUUUCACCAAGCUUUUUAGCCGGCUGUUUGCCAAGAAGGAGAUGCGAAUUCUUAUGGUGGGUCUUGAUGCUGCUGGUAAGACCACGAUAUUGUAUAAACUCAAGUUGGGAGAAAUAGUGACAACAAUUCCUACAAUCGGUUUCAAUGUGGAGACAGUUGAAUACAAGAACAUAAGCUUCACUGUUUGGGAUGUUGGUGGUCAAGAUAAGAUUCGACCAUUGUGGAGGCAUUACUUCCAGAACACCCAAGGAUUGAUUUUUGUGGUCGAUAGUAAUGAUCGAGAUCGUGUUGUUGAGGCUAGGGAUGAGCUGCAUAGAAUGUUAAAUGAGGAUGAACUGAGGGAUGCCGUGCUGCUAGUUUUUGCUAACAAGCAGGAUCUUCCAAAUGCUAUGAAUGCUGCUGAGAUAACUGACAAGCUUGGACUUCACUCUCUUCGUCAACGCCAUUGGUAUAUCCAGAGUACAUGCGCCACCUCGGGAGAAGGGCUAUACGAGGGGCUUGACUGGCUCUCCAACAACAUUGCUAACAAGUCUUAAAGAAGAAAAGUUGGAUGGAUUUUGGCAUCAAUAUAUCCUUGUUCAAGAGUUACCGUGUUGUGAUCCUGUACUGUGAUUACUUGUUUUUUUAUAUUAUAUAUCUAUAUAUAUAUAUAUCUUAGAUAGUGGUAUCCUACUAUGUACAAUGAGUUUCACCCCUGUUUAAGACUCUGCAAUUAUGCUUUUGGGCCCCCUCUUCGGCACCCUAUUUCUGGAGUUAUAUGCAUCUCAUAUUGCAUAUUGAGGUUAA